GAACUCAACAGCAACACCGGCAACAGCUGAGCAUUUGGCGCGUAAAUUGGAUUCGAACCUUCAAACGUCAGCAGCUGUUUAUUUAUUUUAUAUAUCGCAUGCGAUAUAUUUUUAAUAAUUGUUUGAUUCAGCAUUUGUUGCAUUUUUUUAUAAGUUUCUGUGAAUAAACUAUUUGUAGGGCGUUGCAAUCGCAAGCAUAAACAAUAAACAGCUUAUUUCACAAAUCAGACAAAGAAGUGCAAGCAUAACUUUUUAUUAUUGUCGACGUGAUGGAUCCAACUAUUUCAGUGUCCAAGGGAUGUUUUGUUUUCAAAGGCACGACAAGCGCUAAAAGCAGUGGGGCUACGAAACGGAAGCACAGCGACGAUAAUGUAAGUGCUUUGAGGAAACAGCUGACCGGGCAGCAUUUCUACACAACUUAUGCUGAGACCUGGCAAAAAUUAGAAAGUCAUAUUGAACAACUACAAUCGGAAAGCUAUGCUAAAACUUUGGAAGAUGUAGUGACUUAUGUGCGAAAUGAAUGUAGUACUGAUGGCUGUUUGGACACAAUUGACAUGGAAGAGAUAGUACCUGCUGCAGCGCUUUUAACUGGUGUAAACCAACCUGACCACUUGGAACAAUUCGCCACACUAACGCAGCGUAUUUUGCAAAAAAUGUCGGCUUCGGUUUGUAUGCUACAAUCACGUGAUUGCGCUACACUAAAAUCCGCAGUCGAGACAAUGGUAUAUAAUUUUAUAGAAACCACAGACCGCUCAGCACCAACCGAACUGCUAGAUGAAGACACGGAACAGCGCGAAAAGAAGCGUCUACGACGUACACAAUGUAACAUGCGUCAAUUGUUACACUGGUAUCGUCGCAAAUACAUAAAACCGCAACAGCAAACUGGGAGUGAAGUAGACGAUGCUGCUGUAGGUGACUCAGAAGAGUGUGAUUCAACGAUAAAACGAAUUUCAAAGCGUCCUCAUGCUUUGGUUGUAAUCUUGCCGGAUUUCGAAUGCUUUAAUACAACAAUACUUCAGGACUUUAUUCUAAUGCUGAGCGCUUACUAUACACAUUUACCGUUUGUAUUAGUCUUCGGUGUGGCAACUGCUGUGUCCGCCGUACACAACGCAUUGCCUUAUCACGUGACAAGCAAGGUCAAACUUUGUGUGUUCAAAACACAAACGGCACCAGUUUGUCUAAAUGAGAUUCUGGAACGCGUUAUACUUUCACCUAGAUACGCCUUUCAUCUUUCCGGCAAGGCUUUCAAGUUUCUAACACACAUUUUCCUCUACUAUGACUUUUCCAUUCAUGGUUUCAUUCAAGCCUAUAAAUACUGUUUAAUGGAACACUUCUUUCAAGGCAAUGCCUACGCGCUGUGUGCUAAUUACACCACAUCCUUGAGUCGAAUCAAAGCUCUAACACAUGAAGAUAUUGAAAGCAUACGUCGUCUGCUCUCAUUUCGUCCGUAUGUGGAGAGCAUCAACGAUUGCAAACGUAUUAUCGCCAUACUUACCGACGAUAGCUACUUGAAAAAGAAGCUGCCACAAUUAUUGCGCGACUGUCAUAUACAUUUUAUGUUAUUACGUAUAUUCCUUGAAUUUCUCACUGUGUUAGUUGGCGAUUUACCUAAGUGCCCAUUGGGUAAACAGCUUCGUGAACUAUACUCCUUUUGUCUCUCGAAGGAGUUGCGCGACCAGCCAGAAUUUAAGGAAUGUUGGCAAAUGCUUAGUUUUAUGUCAAAAGAUGAAUUUGUCGCAAAAAUUUCCAAAGCAAUUUCGGUGACUGAGCAAUUUAUGAGCGCCGAAAUCGUUGGUUUAGAACUAGCCGAGGAUUGCCAGACAACGGUCAAUAACAAAUUGCAAGCAUUGAAAGCUCUACUAACGCGCGUUGCAAUGGCUGGUACGGAGGAUAAAUCACCGACCAGCACUGCCGCACCGACCGCUACACCAGCAACUCCAGAAACCAGCAAACAAAAAUUCACAUCCCGUCAAGAUCUGAAAGAUCAUUUAUUGCAAAUGUCCAAACAGCAAAAUAAACAAACUUCGGAAUAUGCACAAGCUGUUGCACAAACGUUGUUGCAUAUACAAAAUGAAAUUGUAGUGAGACAUUUGGCGCCGCUUACACGUGCUCCGCCCCUACACGAGCUCUUCGUUUUUAGCGAUGUGUCCACAGUGCGUCGUAAUAUUAUAGGCGCGCCACGUGCGGCACUUCAUAUGGCGCUCAACAAUCCACACUACUACCUCCAAUGCAAAUGCUGCCAAUUGUCUGAAACCAAUCAAUUACUGGCCACUCUGCCGGAUUUAUCUGUGGCAUAUAAACUGCAUCUGGAAUGCGGCCGCAUGAUUAAUCUCUUCGAUUGGCUACAAGCUUUUCGAUCUGUAGUGGACGACAUCGAUAAUGAGCAGGAACAGGUGGAUCCGCAGAUACAAGCUCGUUUCACGCGUGCGGUGGCCGAACUUCAAUUCCUGGGUUAUAUAAAAAUGUCAAAACGCAAAACGGAUCAUGCUACGCGAUUGACAUGGUAGUCUAUCGAGGUAGUUACUUAUUGUUAGAUUUUGGGUUAGAAAUAAGUUUGAGAGAUAAAUAUAAAAUUUGAGGGAUACACACGCAUUUAAAUUUUAUUUCACAAAAUAAUUGAUUGAAUUUACAAAAAAAAAAGAACAAAUUUGAAAUAUAAAUAGUCUCGACUGCUUCUUCUUCUUUUGCUUUAGCUUAAAUUGAAAAAGGCAUUUGUGAUAUUAUUUACCGAUAUCAAAUUUGUUCGUGUAGCUAAAGAACAUAUUUCUCGAGUUAUUUGAAGAAAUGCUGCCGAUUAAUUAUUCUAAGUGGCAUAAAAAUCUGGAUCAGGACCACUAUAGUGAAUCGAUAUCCAAGAGUGUUUAAUAUAAUAUUACAUCCCUUGUAUGGUUGAAAUCCGGAUUUUACGUACAGAUCACUUUCACCAGAUUCUGCAUGGAACCCAAAAGUGCACUUCCAUACCAGGGCAGUUAAAAAUAAUUAUAGCUAUCUGAAGCUCUCAAAGACCAAGUGUCUUUAAACAAGGCCGUAGAGAGAAAACUGGGGCUCGGGGAUGGUUGUAGUGAAUUGUUGGCGAAAAAAAUCUAAAAAAAAAUUUGGAGAGCACCGGGUCUCCCCGAGAACAUCGUGCUCGUGAAGAAUUGUACCGAUCUCCCCCCAUCUCUCCUUAACUGCCUGUAAACCUAGCAUGUUUUUGCACUCUAAGCAUACCUGAUUUGCGAUUUAACUUCAAAAAUGAUUACGUCAUAUAUGUGUGUAUAUAUCGUACUCAUCAAGAGUGGAUAUCGGUAAAUACCAAAUAAUUUUCAUUACUUCCAAAACUCCACGCUUGUCCCUCAAGUAUUCAUUUCAUCAUUUGUGACUUAUAAAAUAGUUGUUGAAGCAACGUGAAAUCCUUUCAAAGCUUUCAGUUUGCUUAAAGCUAUUUAACGCAGAAGCGUUUGUUU